GACUUUUCUUUUGAACACUUUUUAGCGGCGAAAUCACUGGUUUGGAUAAUGGAUCUAUUAAAAUAACGGUUGGAAUUCAUGUUUUAUGCGAUUCGUGCUAACGCUCUAAUGAAGCAGCUACAGUUAAACGUCCACAUUGAACCUGUGCUGUGUUUUAUUUGUCCUGCACUUUCUCUCGUAAACCUGUUGCGUUAGCAUCGAGCUUUGCUAUCCUCCCACUGCGAACUAUGCUAACGUUAUUAUUAUGGUACUUAUGUGCGUUCCUCAGCAAGUUUGUCGUCAUUUCUCGUGUGUUUAAGCUAUCUUUUAAGUAACAAUGAGCAAUCACGAGGAGUCAUGGGAGAGGCUGGACACAGAGUUUGACCACUGUUUACUGGACAUGAAACCCUAUGUGUUGAAACAUCCAGAUAAGAAAGGGCGUCAGUGUUGUGCCAUUUGGAUCAAAAAGCUGUGUGACCCAGGCGCGUGUGGUUCUGGUCUGCUGGGUCGGAAGAACAGAAAUGUGUAUGCGCGAUUGUUGCUUCAGAUGCUCAAGAGGGGGGCCCUGGAUCUGCCCUUCACCCAUAAACCCGAACCUGGAACUCUCAAACCGCUACCCACCUACAUGUCAAUUUACUUUGAUGAGCCAGUGAGUAUGAAAAGCCACACAAAUCUUCCUGACUGGGUGACCGGAGAACUGGGGACUUUUGGUGAUGACAGCUGGGCUACACACCUGGAAAGCAGCACUCGGACACCACAGCACAGACGAAGACUCUAUGAUGAUAAAAGUUGGUCCCACUCCCAACCUGUGGCCUCUAGUCCUCUGAAACGACCAGUGAAAAAUGAUGCAGGAUCCGUGGAUGUGUCCUCAGCUGACAGUGACCUGGAGGCGUGUCUUAACAACUGGAACCUGGGGAUUGAAAACCCUAGAUAUUUGCGAGAGAAGCCUGUUACUUUGUCCCCUAUUUUAAAGUCAAGCUUUGAAGUAAACAAUUCAUUUGCUGAGGACCACAUUCCACCAGUUUCACUGAACAAUGAGGCUGAGUUGAAGAUGAAAGUUCUGGAGGCCAAGCACCAGGAGGAGAAACUGAAGAUGCAGCAGAGACAUGAUGGGGAUAUUGAGAAGAUUUUGGCCCGAAAGAAUGGUGAGAUUGAAGAGUUGAAGAGUACGUACCUGGCCAAGCAGAAGCAAUCCGAGGAGACAAUCCGAAAGCUGGAGAGGAAAGUUCAGAGUAUGCUGCGGGAGUCCCAGGUCAUCACUGAGAGCAAAGAGAAACAGAUUGCAGAGCUGAAGAAAAUGGCAGAUCAAAGCAGCGAUUCUCUGAAAAAUGAGUGGGAGAAGAAGCUCCAUGCAGCUGUGACGGAGAUGGAGCAGGAGAAGUUUGAACUACAGAAGAAGCACACCAUGAACAUCCAGGAGCUGCUGGAGGAGACCAACCUGAGGUUGGCUAAGAUGGAGGCAGAGUACAGUGCUCGGGCACAGUCCACAGAGCUAACUGUGCGUGAGCUGGAGAAGAGGGUAAAGAAGCAGUCGGAGGAGGUUGAAAAGGGGAACACGCUGCGGCAGAAGGUGACACAGGAGAAGGCUCAGCUGGAGAUCCACAUCGCAGCCAUCAGCACUGAACUGCAAGAGGCCAACAGGAGAACUGUAAACUUCCAAAAAGAGAAAGAAGACCAGAAGAAGCUCUAUGAGCAGAGCAUGGAAAAGCUUCACACCAAAUAUGAAAUGGACAUAAGCCACUUGAAGCACGAGCACAUGCUUUCUGCAGCUAAGGCCUCUGAAUUGAUUGGAGAGUUGGAGAAAACUGCUUCUCAGCUUAGACUGCAACUCCAGGACAAUGAGCACCUUCGAGUCAAACAACUUCGGGAUCAGGAGAUGAAGUUCCAGAUGGAAAAAGAAGAACUCCAGAUCCAGUUGGAGAAAAAGGCUCUGGCUACGCAUAGCGAGGCGGAGAAAGAGCGUGCAGAAGCUAAGAGGAAGAUUGGCCAACUUGAAGACAGUCUCAGAGACACAGAGAGAGAUUUGCAGAAGACCAGAGAGAGCCAGAGGCAGCAGAAGCAGCAGGCUGACAUGGCACUGGAGCAGUUUAAGAAACAGGUGGAAGUACACUCUGAGAAGGCCUACGCUGACAUGAAACUCCAGAUGGAGAAGGUAGAGGAAGACCUGGUGCGCUCCAAGUCCCUGAGAGAAAACCAGGCUAAAGAGUUUUCACAACAACUGGAUUCUCUACGCCACAAAUAUGAACAACAGAUGGCUGAGCUCCGCAUGCAACACGAGCAAGAGAGGACGCGGCUCCAGCAAGCGCACAUCGCAGAAAAGGACAGCAUGGUCCAAGAGCGUCAGCGAGAGAUCGGCAAUCUGGAACGCCAGGCCAGGGCCACCCUUCAGCAGCAGCAGCAGCUCACCCAGGAGUGGAGGAAGCACGAUGCCCAGGUGAUAUCAGAUUUGGAGACACAAGUGACCAGUCUUCGGGAGGAACUUCAGAUAUCCAACUUUGAGCACAAGCAGCAGUUAGCAGAGAUGACCUCACAGCUGGAGGAGGACAAACAAAAGGCUUUAGUGGAGAAGGAGGAGAGUCUUGAGCAGCUCCGCUCUGUGAUGGAGCGCAGCCAUAAAGACCUGGAGAGAAGAUUACAGAGAGAGCAUGAGGCCUCCCUGGAAAAGGCCAACAGCAGGCUGAAGGAGAUUGAGAAGGACUACAGUCAAAAGCUCACCAAGUCUGCCCAGUUAAUAGCAGAGCUCCAGACCUGUGUGUGUGACUCAAAGGAGGAGGCGGUGCGGCUGCAGAAGGCCAUGGAGAGGCAGCUGGAGGAGGCCCACGCGCGAUGGGAUGAGCAGAGGAAGACACUGCACCAUCAUGCCGAUCAGAGCAACAAGGCCCUGCAGGAGAAGGUGGAGAAUCUACAGAUGCAGCUUCAUAGCUCAGAGAAGAAGCUGCUGAGCAAAGCGCUGGAGACGGAAGAGAAGGUGACUGCGGUACGUCAAGAGUACGAGGAGAAAAUCAAAGGCUUGAUGCCUUCUGAGCUUAGGCAAGAACUAGAGGACACAAUUACAUCGCUCAAAUCUCAGGUUAAUUUCCUUCAGAAGAGAGCGACUCUGCUACAGGAAGACCUGGAUGCCUGUCGCAGCAGGAGGUAACACUGGAGCCCUGUGACCCGUCCAUGCAAAUGAAGAACCUUGCCAAACGUGAGCAUUUCUGACUGACCUGCUAAUUCCACUCAUCAUUUUAUAUCCUGAUAUUUUUUGUUGUUUUUAUCACUUGAAAUAUUUAUUAACAGAUCAUCAUUUCUGUUAUGCAUCUUGUACUGUUUUGAAGUUUGUGUUUGAUUUUCUUUUGAUACCAAGGCCUCAUUAAAUAAACCACUUUGCAU